UGAAAGGAUUUUGUUCAGUAAAAUCUGCAGUACAAUACAAUCUAUUGUACUUUGUACCGGGAGUCAUCCAGGCACACACCUUCCUGCAGUCUUCCUUACAUGAACAUUGACCGCUUGGCGGGUUUAAGAAUUAAUACGGGGAACUACUGACAACAAGUAGGUACUUCGAGAUUUCCUUUAAAAGUCAGCCAUGGAAGAACCACUGUCUCCUCGAGAGUCUGGUCGGUUCUUGUCUGAGCGGAGUCGAGAUGUGUUUGUGGAUGAAGAGGGAGCUAAAUCUGUGGCACAGAUGAUCUACGAGCUCAGAGAGAGCAAAGAUUUCACAGCCAGUGGCUGGAAGAAGAACAAUCCACUGGCCCCUCCACCAGACUCAGAUGAGGCUGUCAACUGGGUGUUUGUGACAGACACAAUGAACUUUUCCUUUUGGCCUGACAAAGAGAAAGAACAAUGUGAGGUGAAGUGCAGGGGAAACACCUAUAGAGGUUACAUGUCUCUCUGUGCCGCAGUCACUCGGGCUAUGGAUGAAGGAGUGCCCAUCACAAGUCCCUCUUACUUUUCUCAAAUCACUGAGGUCAAAUUAGCGCAUGUUCUGCGUUCAGACACCACUACACCCAUGCCAAUGCUGAAAGAGCGUCACCAGGUACUAACAGAGGCUGGACGAGUGCUCCUUGAGCGCGGUGGAUCCUUCCGGAAAUUCAUGAGUCACUGCGAAAAUGAUGCAGAGAAGAUGGUGAAGUAUAUUGUGCAAAAUAUACCCUCCUACAGAGAUGAAGCCAUCUAUGAGGGUAAGCGGAUCUCAUUAUAUAAGAGGGCUCAAAUUCUUGUGGCGGAUUUCUGGGGCAUCAUGGAGGCCCGAGGCGAGGGGAACAUCCCUAACCUUGACUGCCUGACCAUGUUUGCUGACUACAGGGUACCACAAGGUCUUGUCUAUCUUGGAGCUUUACGCUACUCUGAUGGCCUUAUGGAGGCAUUGAAAAAUGGUGAACUGUUGAACUCAGGGGAGAGGCGAGAGGUGGAGAUCAGGGGAUGCUCUAUCUGGUGUGUGGAGAGAAUCCAACACCAUCUGUGGAACCUUGUGGAACAAAGAGAUGGGAAGAAAUGUCACAUCAAUUCUGCUCUUAUCGACUUUUACUUGUGGGCAUAUGCUAAAAAACACCACAAAGAAAUGGCACACAUUCCAAUACAUCACACCAGAUGUAUUUACUAUUGAUAGCAUCACUUACUGUAUCAUGCUUUUACAAUUAGUUUUUGUAUCAUGCUGUUUAUAGCUCUGAAUAAAGUUACAAACACC